GAGGAGCCGGCGGAGCGAGAGGAGGAGGAGGACGGAGGAGGAGCGCUGCGCCUCCGCUGUCCGCCUGACCGCAGGCCGAGAGCUCCAGCUGCAACUGGCGGGUCCGGGGCGCCUCCGCCGGAGCCCGGCGCGGGGAGAGUCCGGGCCGAUGGGCAGCGCGGGGCAGCGGCGGGUGGCCAGGCGGCGGCCCCGGUACGCGCCGCCCGGCGCGCGCGGGCUGUAGCAGGUCCCGGCGGACCGCGUUUCCGAGGUGAAGGAAAUACCCAUGACCGGAUGUCUUGAGGAGUGCUUUUGAAAAGAACCAGAGGUGUGCAAAAUUAUUACAGUGAUGGAGAAGCAAGUUGGUUUUGGAGAAACUGUAUUCUGAAGAUGUUGUUUGCUUUUGGUUAAAAAAAGGAAGACUACUAUUAUAGAAAAAGCCUAUAUAUCUGCAUUUAUCAGACUGCUAUAAAUAACAAUGUAAUUAGAAUUACACCAGUCUUCCCGAUGAGACUUGGAGCUUCUUGCCUUGGUAGUCAUGAGUGACCCAAGGCAGUCACAAGAAGAGAAGCACAAGCUUGGCAGAACCUCUUCCAAGUUCAAGGAUUCUCCCAGAAUCAUGCAGUCAGAUGAUUAUUUUACUCGAAAAUUUAAAGCCAUUAAUGGCAACAUGGGACCUGCUACUUCUUUAAAUGGCUCAAGUUCCAAUGAGAGUAGUAGUGGUCCAGCUAAUGGUACCCCAGCUGUGCCUAAAAUGGGUGUAAGAGCAAGGGUGUCUGAAUGGCCUCCCAAGAAGGACUGCUCCAAGGAUCUGACCUGCAAAAUGCUCUGGGAAAGCCGGUCUCAGACCAGCUACGAAAGUGUCACAUCUGUCCUGCAGAAUGGGCAGAAUGACCAGAGGGAUGGUCAGCAAGAGGAACAGCUUGAUCUGGACUUUGUGGAGGCAAAAUAUACAAUUGGAGACAUCUUUGUUCAUUCCCCUCAAAGAGGACUUCACCCCAUAAGACAGAGAAGCAACAGUGAUGUCACCAUCAGUGACAUCGAUGCUGAAGAUGUCUUAGACCAAAAUGCAGUCAACCCCAACACCGGGGCUGCCCUGCACAGGGAGUAUGGAAGCACCUCAUCCAUCGACAGGCAGGGCCUAUCUGGUGAAAACUUUUUUGCUAUGCUCAGAGGGUACCGAGUAGAGAACUAUGAUCACAAAGCAAUGGUCCCUUUUGGGUUCCCUGAGUUUUUCCCCUGUGAUCCUGCAGUCUCUCCCAGCCUUCACGCAGCAGCACAGAUUUCUAGGGGAGAGUUUGUCCGCAUCUCAGGACUGGACUACAUGGACAGUGCCCUUCUGAUGGGGAGAGACAGGGACAAGCCUUUCAAACGGAGGUUAAAAUCAGAAUCUGUGGAAACAUCCCUCUUCAGAAAACUUCGAACUGUUAAAAGUGAGCACGAAACUUUCAAGUUCACGUCUGACUUGGAGGAGAGCCGUCUUGAGAGGGGCGUUCGCUCUUGGAAUUGUCAGCGAUGUUUUGCACAUUAUGAUGUCCAGAGCAUUUUGUUUAAUAUCAAUGAAGCCAUGGCCACACGGGCUAGUGUGGGGAAAAGGAAGAACAUAACCACUGGAGCUUCUGCAGCAUCCCAGACCCAGAUGCCCACAGGCCAGACGGGCACCUGCGAGUCCCCUUUGGGGAGCAAAGAGGACCUCAACUCCAAGGAGAACCUGGAUGCUGAUGAAGGUGAUGGGAAAAGUAAUGACCUUGUCCUUAGCUGUCCUUACUUUAGGAAUGAGACUGGAGGGGAAGGUGACAGGCGGAUUGCACUCUCUCGGGCCAAUUCAUCCACUUUCAGUUCUGGGGAAAGCUGCUCCUUUGAAUCGUCUCUCAGUUCUCACUGCACAAAUGCAGGCGUCUCCGUCUUGGAAGUGCCCAGGGAAAACCAGCCCAUUCACAGGGAGAAAGUGAAGCGCUACAUCAUAGAACACAUUGACCUUGGGGCCUACUAUUAUCGCAAAUUCUUCUAUGGAAAAGAGCACCAAAACUACUUUGGAAUAGAUGAAAACCUUGGCCCAGUGGCAGUCAGCAUCCGAAGAGAGAGAGUGGAAGAUGCCAAGGAAAAAGAAGGGUCCCAGUUCAACUACAGAGUAGUUUUCAGGACGAGUGAGCUUACAACACUGAGAGGAGCAAUUUUAGAAGAUGCUGUACCCUCCACUGCUAGGCAUGGUACUACACGGGGACUACCUCUCAAGGAAGUGUUGGAAUAUGUCAUUCCGGAGCUGACCAUUCAGUGCCUGCGACAGGCUUCCAACUCACCCAAGGUCUCGGAGCAGUUGCUCAAGCUUGAUGAGCAAGGGCUGAGCUUUCAGCACAAGAUUGGGAUUCUUUAUUGCAAAGCAGGCCAGAGCACAGAGGAAGAGAUGUAUAACAAUGAGACAGCGGGACCGGCUUUUGAAGAAUUCCUUGAUCUUCUGGGCCAGAGAGUACGACUGAAAGGAUUUACUAAAUACCGAGCUCAGCUAGACAAUAAAACUGAUUCCACAGGCACUCACUCCCUGUAUACCACAUACAAAGACUACGAACUCAUGUUCCACGUGUCCACCCUUCUUCCCUACAUGCCCAGCAACAGACAGCAGCUUCUGAGGAAAAGGCACAUAGGAAACGACAUCGUAACCAUCGUCUUCCAAGAACCUGGGGCGCUUCCUUUUACUCCAAAAAACAUCCGAUCUCAUUUUCAGCAUGUCUUUGUCAUUGUCAAAGUACAUAAUCCAUGUACUGAAAAUGUGUGUUACAGUGUUGGAGUGUCCAGAUCAAAAGAUGUGCCCCCGUUUGGUCCACCAAUUCCCAAAGGGGUAACUUUUCCAAAGUCGGCAGUGUUCCGGGACUUCCUUUUAGCCAAAGUGAUCAAUGCAGAAAAUGCAGCCCAUAAAUCGGAGAAGUUUCGAGCAAUGGCCACUCGAACAAGGCAGGAGUACUUGAAAGAUUUGGCAGAGAACUUUGUCACAACGGCCACUGUGGAUACCUCUGUGAAGUUCAGCUUCAUUACACUGGGUGCAAAGAAAAAGGAGAAAGUGAAGCCCAGGAAGGACGCCCAUCUGUUCAGCAUUGGAGCAAUCAUGUGGCAUGUCGUAGCCCGGGACUUUGGCCUGUCUGCGGACAUUGAAUGUCUUCUUGGGAUUUCCAAUGAGUUCAUAAUGCUGAUUGAAAAAGAUUCCAAGAAUGUUGUGUUUAACUGUUCCUGCAGGGAUGUUAUUGGGUGGACAUCUGGAUUAAUGAGUAUCAAAGUGUUUUAUGAAAGAGGAGAAUGUAUCCUCCUGUCCUCAGUAGAUAACUGUGCUGAAGACGUAAGGGAAAUUGUCCAGCGAUUAGUAAUAGUGACGAGAGGCUGUGAGACUGUGGAAAUGACCCUGCGGAGGAAUGGGCUAGGCCAGCUCGGCUUCCAUGUGAAUUUUGAAGGAAUUGUCGCAGAUGUGGAACCUUUUGGCUUUGCCUGGAAGGCCGGCCUGCGCCAAGGGAGUCGCCUCGUGGAGAUCUGCAAAGUGGCUGUGGCCACUCUGACCCACGAGCAGAUGAUCGACCUGCUGCGGACUUCCGUGACUGUGAAGGUGGUCAUCAUCCAGCCCCACGACGAUGGCUCGCCCCGCAGAGGGUGUUCAGAGCUCUGCCGUAUCCCCAUGGUGGAGUACAAACUCGACAGUGAAGGUACCCCCUGCGAGUACAAGACCCCCUUCAGGAGGAACACCACGUGGCACCGCGUGCCCACUCCUGCCCUGCAGCCCCUGCCCAGGGCCUCCCCUGUCCCCGGAACACCCGAUCGGCUGCAGUGCCAGCAGCUGCUGCAGCAGGCCCAGGCCGCCAUUCCUCGCAGCACCUCCUUUGACCGCAAGCUGCCCGAUGGCACAAGGACAGAUCAAGGUCCUCUGCAGAUAGCUGAGUGCGCUGUUAAUGAUUCUAGUAAACCUUUCAGAAGCUCGCCCAGCAACCAGUCAUCAUCCAGUGACCCUGGACCCGGCGGGAGUGGACCCUGGAGACCGCAAGUGGGCUAUGACGGGUGCCAGUCUCCUCUGCUGCUCGAGCACCAGGGCUCAGGCCCUUUGGAAUGUGAUGGAGCCAGGGAGAGGGAGGAUGCCAUGGAGGCAGGCAGACACCCAGAAACCAAAUGGCAUGGCCCACCUUCCAAAGUCCUGAGUUCCUAUAAAGAAAGAGCCCUGCAAAAAGAUGGAAGUUGCAAGGAGUCCCCCAGUAAGCUUUCUCAUAUUGGAGAUAAAAGCUGUUCGAGUCACUCCAGCAGCAACACACUCUCCAGCAACACUUCUAGCAACAGCGACGACAAGCACUUUGGGUCUGGGGACCUGAUGGACCCCGAGUUGCUGGGGCUAACCUAUAUCAAAGGGGCCUCCACCGACAGUGGCAUCGACACAGCCCCGUGCAUGCCCACUGUCCUUGGCCCCAUGCACCUGGCGGGCAGCAGGUCCCUGAUCCACAGCCGGGCUGAGCAGUGGGUUGACGCUGCCGACGUCUCGGGACCCGACGACGAGCCAGCCAAGUUGUAUACUGUGCAUGGCUAUGCCUCUGCCAUCUCCGCGGGCAGUGCUGCUGAAGGCAGCUUGGGUGACCUCAGCGAGAUAUCCUCUCAUUCCAGUGGUUCUCACCAUUCAGGAAGCCCUUCAGCUCAUUGUUCAAAAAAUACUGGGUCUCUGGAUACAUCCAAAGUGUACAUCGUGUCUCACAGCAGCAGUCAACAGGUUCCCGGGUCUGCAUCCAAGCCCUACCACAGACAAGGGGCAGUAAACAAGUAUGUCAUUGGCUGGAAGAAAUCAGAAGGCAGCCCGCCCCCCGAGGAGCCCGAAGUGACCGAAUGCCCUGGGAUGUAUGGGGAGAUGGACGUCAUGGCCACGGCAGCCCAGCAUCAGGCAGUGGUGGGAGAUGCUGUUGCAGAAACCCAACAUGUUCUGUCAAAAGAAGAUUUUCUGAAAUUGAUGCUUCCUGACAGCCCUUUGCUGGAGGAGGGGAGAAGAAAGUUUUCGUUCUACGGGCACCUGUCUCCAAGGAGGUCGCUGUGCCGCACGCUCUCCGAUGAGAGCAUAUGCAGCCACAGGAGAGGGUCCUCCUUUGGCAGUUCCCGAAGUUCCAUCCUUGACCAAGCCCUGCCCAACGACAUUCUGUUCAGCACCACGCCACCUUACCACAGCACACUGCCUCCAAGGACCCAGCCCGCACCCAGCAUGGGGAGCCUGAGAAAUGAGUUCUGGUUCUCUGAUGGGUCCUUAUCGGAUAAGUCCAAGUGCGCAGAUCCUGGCCUGAUGCCCCUUCCGGACACAGCCACAGGGUUAGAUUGGUCCCACCUCGUGGAUGCUGCACGGGCUUUUGAAGGUCUUGACUCAGAUGAAGAACUUGGGCUGCUCUGUCACCACUCGUCCUAUCUAGACCAGAGGGUGGUGCCCUUCUGCACCCUGACUGACUUGCAGCACGGGCAAGGCCUGGAAGGGGCCCAGGAGCUGCCCUUGUGUGUGGACCCCGGCAGUGGCAAAGAGUUCAUGGACACCAGUGGGGAGCGUUCUCCAUCAACACUGACUGGGAAAGUCAACCAGCUGGAAUUAAUUCUUCGACAACUUCAGACCGACCUCCGGAAGGAGAAGCAGGACAAGGCUGUCCUCCAGGCAGAAGUGCAGCACCUACGCCAGGACAACAUGCGGCUGCAGGAGGAGUCCCAGACUGCCACGGCCCAGCUGCGGAAGUUCACAGAGUGGUUUUUCAACACCAUUGACAAAAAAUCAUAGCCAGUCCACACCUCAUCGAGGGACUCUUGGAAAUGCCUGCUGUCCUUCAAAGUUGCAAACACAUGGUUCUCAAGUGUGCUUUCAGCCAUCGUAGACGUCUUUGCUGUCGCAAUCUGUGUAGCACCACUCACCCGGCGGGACAGGGGCCUGGCAGCCCAGCAGCCGUCGCAGAGAGCAGCGCCCGUGUGCAAACGAGUGUAAACCGGGUGUCAGUUCAGAGGAAAGGAAAGUGGUGCUUUCCUUUCAGUCUCUGUUAAAGUGGUGCUCCGGUUGGGCUUACCUCAGAGGGAAAAUAGUUGGGUUUUAUUUCUAUAAAUCAGGUGACCUGGUAGAGACAUCAUAGGAACUGACCUUAGUUGGAGCUUUAGUAUUGUAAAAUAAACAUGGAAACAAAUACUCAGACAUAGACUUUAAUGUUAAAGGUGCUCUAUUUUUUUUGGAUGUAUAGUAGUUUUAUUUCCACAGCUACAUUAUCAUAGCAAUAAGAAAGGCACAGUAAAUAGUUGGGGAAGCUUUAUCGGGGAAAAAGCACUGAUGUGUUUAACACUAGCUCGAAUGCAGUUACUUUAGGGACAUAUUUAUUUGCAGGAACAAAUGGUGCCUGAAUAUUAACAAUGUUCUGACUUUAAAAAGAUACAUAUGCCUUGUAAAUGGCUCACCGAGUUGUCAGUAGUCACUUCAACCCUUAGUUCACUUUUGUAUAAUUGCUCUGCUGGAAAAAACAAAACACAACAUCCAUCUGCUUACUCACCAGACGUCCCAUGUGCUGGGAGCUGCAGGGUCACUUGUACGAUGCCAGGAUUGUUUAUCUUUGUACAGAAGCUUUGAUGAAGUGUCUUGUAUUUAACAUCCUUAUUUAAGCUUAUUUAACCUUAAAUUGUUAAUUUUAUAAAAUGUGGUUUUACCUGCCCUAUGAUGAGAGAGGAUAGGUUGCACCAAGCCCAGCAAGGACUGGGCUUGCCCAGAACGGCCCGAGAAAGCAGGUGGGGAGAGUCUAACAACUGGAUGCUGCUAGUAACGAGUUGUUUGUACUGCUUUACCAUUUCUAACUGUUAUAUUUGAGAUGAACAUACAUUUUGCUUUUUUAAUAAAUGUUUAAAAGAAGUCCACAUAAG